GUAAAAGAGUCUGCUUACUUAGAUAUCAUCAUCAUCAGCUCAUUUACAAAUUUUACGAAGGUGGAAUAAAGUCUGAUUAGCCAUACACUUUUUUUUAUUGCAUAUUGAAAGGCAAUUAACUUAUGCUUUUGUCGGGUUAACCGAAAGGCUUCAUCACAAUUCUUCGCUUUUUUUUUAUUUAUUACUUUUUAACUUCUUGUCCAGACAAGAACAGUCUCUUACAUCGACAAACGUUAUUGUCUUGAUUUAGAAGCUAGAAGUGCCUGAUGCUGUAGAAUAGAAACUGCAUCAAUCCAGCAAGAAAUAAUGAACAAAGAAAUUGUGUCAAAGAUUCCUGGGGCUGUUCUUCGAAGAAUAGGUUCCAAUGAUAUAAAUGCAAGUUACAAGUGCAUCCAACUGGGCUGUAAUGAGGUUUCCAUUGGGCGGUCUAAGGAAAAUACUUUCACUAUUGCUGAUCUUCUAGUUUCUCGUAAACACGCCGUUUUCCGACUGAUAAAAGAUCAAUGGACCAUCGAAAACGUGGGUAUGAAUGGUGUUGCUGUGAAUCACGUUGCAUUACCAAAGCAUCAACAAAUACCUAUUCAAAACAUGGAUAUUAUCGAAUUUGGUGCCGGUAAUAAGUAUGUGUAUGCUUUCCGUGUUCAGUCUGAUUCAUCCGAAGUAGGCGAAGAGCCAGUUGCAAAGAAGAUGCGAAUUCCGCUCGCCAAUCGAAAUUAUCCGUCAUUGAAAGAUUCCCCAGAAGCUUUUCACAAUUGGGUCCGUUCUAAGAAAAACCUCGAAAAGACACUUGAAGAAGAAAGUGACAACUUGGAUGUAAAACUGGAGCAACAGAAAACACUCAAAGAUAAACUGGUGCUGGAGCAGGAGAAACUCAACCAACACUUUGAAACUGCUAAGGUACAACUUGAAUUGAAGUUCGCUGAAGAAAAAAAAGAAUUGGAAGAAAAAGUCGCACGCGGAGAACUGGAAAAAAAUGAAUUACAGCGACAAAAAGAGGAUGUUGAACAACGGAUGUCAGUUAGCUUGCAAGAAUUUCGGGAUGAAUGCGAAAAGAAAAAACUUGAAUUCGAAGAAAGUGUCGCACGUGCCAACUUGGAGAAGCAGAAACUCAUUGAGCAGAAAGAAUUAGUUGUACAGCAACUCAUACGGGAAAAAAACGUCUUACAAGAGCGCCUGGAAGAAGAGAGUCGCCUCAAAGAAGAAACUAUGAAUGAGCUGGCCCAUAUUAAGCGAUCUCAUCAAUCGUUGGAACAAGAGUUGGAGGAAGCACGACGUAAAAUUGAAGAAGAAGCGAAGCAAUUUCAACGAAAAGGCAGUGAGGACGAAUUGAGACUUCGUCAGAUGCAAGAAGAACUGGCUGAACGUGAAGCACGAUUGAAUGCUCAAGAAAAACAAAUUGCAGAAAUUCAGAGUCGUGCCGCCAUCGGCCUUGAGAUGUACGAAACAAUUCAACUCCUUCACCAAGGACAAGAAAUUCAAAAUGCAGGAAACAUUGUGGUUGUCAUGGAUGAUGGAGGAGCAAUUAAUCAGCCAAGUUUAACCGAACAGGAACUGGAAAGAGUACGCGAGGAGUUGCGUGUCCAAAAAGAGCUGAAUGAGCAACAACAACAGGCUUCUAGUAAAGCUUGUGGCGAUAUUGUUGGUCAAAUGGAAAGCAUUAUGGAAAACGAGCUUCAAUGUGGAAUUUGUUCCGAGCUGAUGGUGUUUGCUACUUCCUUGAACUGCAUGCAUACCUUCUGUCAGCACUGCGUCAGAGAGUGGAAAAAGAAUAAGGUGGAAUGUCCAAUCUGUCGAGCCCCUAUAACCACAGAAGGAAGAAAUCUAUUGGUGGAUAAUAUGAUUGACGCUAUGGUCAGUUCGCUUUCGGAAGAAACAAAGAACAGUAGAAAGAAAUUAGUUAUUCAACGCCAAGAACUAAUGAAACAAGCAUCCAUCGAACAAAACAACACUAUGGAAAAUAUUCUCACUGUUCAACACGUUACGCUUGGAGCUGUCGAUGGAGGCCGGGGCCCAGGUCGUCCUCGUCGUACUGUUGGACGUUCAGUGUCUGCUGCUGGACCAGCUAUUGCACGUGUCGCGGUUCCCGUUCCACAUGUUGCAAUUCCCCAAGCUGCUCAGUCUUCAGUUCGACCUCGACCGUCCGUAGCUCGUGGGACGAUUCGUCCAACUGCUCCUCCUCCUGUUCGUCCUUCCACUGUCAGAGGAACAUUGAAUCGUUCGACCGCACCAACAGUUGCCCAUCCUCAGCGCGCUGCUCCUGCCAUUGUCACGGAGGAAGUGGUAAUUCUUUCAAGCGGAUCCGAUUCAUCAAACGAAGAUAUUAUUGAUUUUGCAAAUCGCCGUCGCCAAAGGCGAAGAAGACCUUGUCCUUCGUGUGGAAUGACAAAUACGUCACGACUCUGCGUCUACUGCAAUUAUUCGAGCUAAAAUUUCAAAUCGCGUCUAAACACGUCCGUGUGUUUCUUAAUUCAACGUACACAAUUACCUCAAUACCAAGCAAAUGACAAGUAAAUUAUUUUUUCCGAUCGUUUUUUCAAAAGGAUAUCUCAAUUUUCGUUUAAUGUUCACUGAACUCUCAAAUACAUUUUUUGCAGUUA